UUACGAGCCACGACGCAGUAGGUUGGACGGUAAAGACGUGGACAGAGACGCGCACUAGCUGUCCGGUGGGCUUACAAGUGAAUUCAUUUAUAACUUUGCAACCGUAGGUAGGACAGACACAUCGACAAUACACCGAACAGUGGUGAAGUGCUUUGUUGUUGUUUUGUUUUCAUUUUUAGUUUACAAUUCCAUCGGAAACGUAUUUAAAACAAGGAAAAAAGUGCAAAGAAGAUUUUUUUUUUUGGUAUUAAAGAUUCUUCUGCAAAAAUUUCUACAUUAUUUUGUCGUUUAUAAUUUGCAUCAUGUCUACUGCAGUGAUGCCAACGUCGACGUUGUACGAGUUUGGUGAUAUGUUGUAUAAGAACCACAACAACAACAACACAUCAACCAAUCAGAACAACAUCAAUAACCUCCAGCAACAGCAUCACCAGAAGGUCUUGCGAUGGGGCGUGGAGACAAAUCACAGAGCAGUUGGCUCCCCUGCUCUCGGAACUUCAUCUCCGACGGGCACAUCUUUCCAGCAUCAGACGAUAAGCAGGCGUAACUCAAAUCCAGUGUCCUCGGACCGCAUCAGCGUGUCAUCUCUGGUGAAUUCGGUGAGCUCACUGAUUCUGGACAACAUUCGGGAACAACAACAACAGCAGCAGCAGCAGCAGCANNCACCGGUCCACAGGAAGCUGGACCGAAGCCAGAGUGAGCCUGCACCAUCCGCACUUCUUAGUGCGGCCAACGCCAAGGCCGCGAACAUCAACACUAGCCGAUACAAGACGGAGCUGUGCCGACCGUUCGAGGAGAGCGGCUCCUGCAAGUACGGCGACAAAUGUCAGUUCGCUCACGGCGCCCACGAGUUGAGGAACCUCGUUCGCCAUCCCAAGUACAAAACUGAAUUAUGUCGCACGUACCACACCAUAGGAUUCUGUCCCUAUGGUCCCAGAUGCCAUUUCAUCCACAAUGCAGAUGAAGCCCGCACCAAGGCGCCUGGCACCCACGCGAUGGCUCCCACGAGUUCAUCCGCAACGUCGGCUGGCAUCCCCAACAGACCUAAGCCCCUGAAUCUGACUGGUAGCCCCUUCAUGGUCACAGGCUCGACCGCCGAUUCACCCUCGCCUACCUCAAGUCUCAGUCAGUCCCCCACGACAUCAGUCGGGUCGUUCUUCUCAUCCGAACAAGAUCUUUUCUCUACAGUAGCUGUCAUGUCUGCAGCUUCUCCGCCACCAUCAGCUACUUCUGCUAACACUGCCUUCUCCUUUGGUCAAGACUUCACUCCCUUGGUUCAUCUCGGAGGUACUAAGCAGCAGAGCCCCGCUCCUACAUCGCCACCGGUAAGCGUGUCCCCUGCAAGAUCGCUCAGUCCUCGUGGAUCGCCUCCUCCUGGCACCCCCGAGGCGCGAUUACCAGUCUUCAACAGGCUGAGUGGCACGAUGAUGGACUUUGGCGGCCUGGCCGAACUCCUGGCUUGAAGCAGUGCGAGGCUUUCCGUCUCGUAUUUCCCCGGCUUUCGCUAACAAUUCCAGCAGUUCCCAUGGAACUAUUACGUGAAUUCAACUGUUCCGAAUCAGUAAGGAAAUUUAACUUCUUAUUCUAUGUAAUAUACUUUUCCCCCCUUUAGGUAUUAGUAAUUUUAUAUUGCUUUUUUUAGUUCUGGUAGGAACAAAUAGACUGGUCAGAAUAUUUAUUAUGGCAUUCCAGGUUAUAGGAAGUUACAGAACAUUUCUAUUCGAGGCUGUGUGGGUUGGAUGAUCGAUAGAGUUGGUAUGUGCCUUAUUCAGAUGGCAGCGAGCAGGGAUUAGGCAGGCCUUCAUUUGAGGAGUCUUAUUUUAUUUAAAUAUAUAAAUUAUAUGAUAAAAGCUAUGAUGUGAUUGAGUUUUUUGUUCCCACGGUUUGAAUGAUCUUCAACUUGGCAAUAAUAUUAUAUUAUUAUUUUUUUUAUUAUUUGAGAGUGUCGUCGCUGACAUUUGUCAUUAACGUCUGUGUGCGCAAAUACAUUUUAUUUUAUGUUUAUCCCCAUCAUUUCAAGUAAUUCACUGCAACCAAAAGCCAUUCAGUAUGUGAUACAUUGUGCUGUUUAUGACUUGGAUUUGAAAGGAAUAUUUUAAAAUACCGUUCAGAAGAUUAGGCAAUACAAUAUUUUUUUAGCAAAUAUCGGACGGACACUGGGCAGAUGCGUCUGGACGUACCAAGUCAAUGACGUACAAGUCUUCCAGUUUGUCGUGUGGUAAUUUUUCUCCGUAUUUCUCACGGGUUCAUUAAAAUAAAUUGAAACUGCUGUAGAGGACACGGACGCAUCUGACGUGGAUAAUGACGAGAAACCUCUCAUUAAUUAGUGUUUCGGGUCGCUGUAUGAUCUUUUUUUUUUUUUUUUUUCCUGUGCCGAAAUUUUCUGAUCCCAUUUCAAAGUUGAACUGAUCGAAAAGCCAAUUAGGUGAAGUCCUGAAUCCAAAAUUAUUAAUUAGGAUGUAAUUAUUUUAAAACUUUCACUCCUUGAUUUUUUUUUUGCCAAUAUCUGUAAUUAUUUUUUUUAUUAUUCUAAUAAUUUAUCUACGAUGGUUCUCUAACCAGUUAAAUAUAAUUGUUUCCAUUUAGUAAUUCUUAGCCCAAAAAAAGACUUGAACAUUUAAACAGGUGCAGAUUCCAUAUUAACUUAAUUAGUUAUAAAUUAAUUUAUUUAAUUUUAAGAAAUAAGUUAAAUCAAAUCACAAAGAUUUUUCAUUUUGCCUGGUUAGAGCUCAAGCUGUAAUAUUUGACUGAUCAUUUAUUCUUUUUUCAUUUGUGUGUAAUACUUUCCAUGUUAUAUUUGUAUUUAUAUAACUUAUUAUUUAUAUCAAAAAUGUGUAUUUAUCAGUUUAUUAUAAUAGUAAAUAAAACCAAUUAAAUCCAGUUUUAUAUACAUUUUUGUGUGCAAAUAGUGUUGUGUUCUUAGAGAGAGAGAGACGCACACAGUGUUUAUAUAUCAUUUUAAAUUAUAUUGUUUAUUUAAAAAUAAAACAAAUGUAACCAUCUUUUUCAAAAGUUGACGUGGACCAAGAUCCUGUUUGUGACGACCAUUUUGAAGUAAAGCUUUUCAAGAGUUUGAUAUCAGUUGGGUACGCGGUGUAAUCACACCACUUUUUUUUUAAUCUACGUUUGCAUUUAUGUAUCUUAUAUAAUUGCUUUUAUAUAAGGAGUGAGUUUUGACUAGCUUUGUUAUGUUUGCUGUACUGUAUUCAUAAGGUAGUAUCGCACUACAGCCUUGUACCCCUCUGCAUUGAAAUACUUCUUGUGUAUUCUUUACAAUCAACAAAAAAUUUGAAAAGGAUGAAUAUAUAAUUUUCUAGCAUUUUCA